AUGUCCUUUCCGUACAGGCAAACACACCGGGCAUCAUAUGGCGUCCCUGGAUCUUCCUCGCACCACCCCCAAGACCAUCUUCUUGCCCAUCUUUAUCCUCCUUUGUUCGUACAGAUUUUCCCCUCAUAUGGAUCACCGCCGGUCAAUCAUGGGGACAGACGGAUACUAGUACAAGUCCACGCGAAACUCUCCAAGGACAGACCGAUUUCGUGGGACCUCUGGCUACCCCUAAGCUUCGCGCUUGACGCUCCCGAAGAGAGGACAAGGUCGAUCUACGCUGGACUUUCUCCCUCGCUUCUUGUUGAGCCUGCGACGACACCAUCCACAAACCAGCUCACGCUGCACAUCCCUGACCUGCAAGGCUGGUGGUCUGUCCCAGUCACACCUCACGAGACACCACAUGUCACCACUGGAGACGUUCUGCAAUCCCUCUACGACACGUUGCACAUCUCCAUCACUGCGGAGGAGUGGAGGGAAGUGGAGGACGCUGAGAUGGACGGCGAGAUUACCGCGUCGUUUAUCGACAGAGUUAGAGCGUGUGCGACUCCGGGAGCGCAGUUUCAGUCGAUCUUUCGAGACGGCAAAAAGCGUAUAGAUCUCCUCACGAAGAACCACUUCUUCUACGGGCUUGAGGUGGUCAACCCAAGGAACGUGGACGACAUAGAGCUGCGUUUGCAAGUCCCAUGA